UUCAUGCCACCAAGUAAGUCUGAUUUCAUGAGAAUCACCCAACUGUCAAACUUACCUGUGUUUCGGCUGAUACCAGAAGAUGGAAAUGGGCCUGUCAAAGUCCUUCACCGUAAUCAUAUUCUGCCUCUGGGACAGGAAGUGUGUUUGGAACCAGCGCAAAACCCAGACAUUGUCCCAAAGAGACGAUUGAGAAGGAUGAAAAGACACCAAACCAAAGUUGAUGAAAAAGGCACAGUCAAAGUCCCUGAAGUGUCAGGACAAGAGGACAGGAAUGAUGAAUACACAGAUUCAGAGGAUGGAACAUUUUACAUGCCAUUCACAGUGCAACAUACCAGAAAAUCUGAUGAAACACCAGAACCAUUCAGUGUAGAUCUCGAUUUGCAACCUGAAGAUCACGCUGAACAUUUGCAAGCUGGUCAAGAAGCGCAAAAUGCUGACAGAGAGGUUAGACCUGACCUGAUUGAACAGUCUGACUACCAAGAGACUUGCACUACAGAGACAGAGACUCAAGACACAAUACCUCUUUGUCCAGAGACUGACUCAGGAGAAGACUUGGAGACUGACAGUGAGACCAGAAGAUCUCAAAGACUUAGGAAAGCUCCAUCCAGAAUUACUUACGGCACACUGGGUAAUCCUAGUGUUUGUCCAGUGAAAUUUGUUUCUUGUUUUUACAAGUGGAUAAGCACCCUUUUCAUACCUUAGUUGGGUUUCUCUUGCCUUAUUCCUUACCAAGCCAUGAGGGCAUGACUUUUUUUGGUGAGGGGAGUGUGUAAAAUAUUCACUUUGGUUCAUGUUGAAAAAACAUUGAUAAAUAUUAAGGAAUUCAUAAAAAAAUUCAUAGUUCAGUUGUAAGAAAAAAAAAAGUUGAAUUCCAGAUCCAUUUAAUUUCUUUAUUAAUCUUUUUGGUUGUGAUACUUUGAGUGCCUUACGUUAGACCGGAAGGGGAAAGAGAAAAAGUGGGACUUGCGAUGCGGAGGAGGACGGAAGGUGUCGUGCAGGUGCAAGCAGGAGACAUGCGUUUGAAGAGACUGAAAGUAAUUAAAAGCAGAACUACCUUGAGCGUGUGUACCAGUUCCUCAUAUCCGUGGACUGCAGAGGAGUUUUUUGAACGACCUGCACCAAAAAGGAAGUCGGGAGAAGAGAUGUUCCCAGUGGGCAGCUGAAGUAAUUACCUUGUUAAGAGCCAAACGGGAGGAGAGACGGUGUUGUUGCCAGUGAAACCACCCUCACCUGCAUGGAGGACCAGUGAAAGGAGUUUCUGCAUGCACAUGGUCACUCUCUGGGUCUUGAGGACGAGGAUUUGCUCCAGACUGAUUGAUAAGGCAGUGCUGACCAUCAUGACGGAUGAGCAAAUGGCUAAAUAUCUCCCCUCAUAUGGUGAUAGAGUUGCCACCCUUUCCUUUUGCCGCCAAAGAAAUAGCAGCACCAACACUGACAAAGACAUUCUACUUCAGAGACUGAAAGAAAAAAUUGGAACACGGAAAAUGAAAUCAAAAACAAAAAGAGCACUCACUGACACACUAAAUGCACCACAAACUAAAAAGGACAUGACACGAUCCGGGAAUACCUCAGCUGAGAAGACUACCAGGAAGAUUGAAGUUGGGUGGCUUCAUUUUAGCAGUAACCAAUAUAAUCAAGUGAGGACCAGAAAUGGUGGUGGUACGAGACAUACAACAGUGGAAAAAAAACAACUGUUGCCCAGAUUUUGGAAAUGGCAAAAGGACUAUUUUUUCCAAAUGGGAAUUCAACGAAAGGACCUGUUGAGGACUUUACUUUCACUAUCUGUGAUUUUAAAAGAAACCAGAUACCUAUGGAGGACACUGUUGGCAACAUCUAUGAACAAACCAAACUGAGGCUGCUUAGAUUUUAUCUUUGCUCAAAAGAAGCAGAAGUGGAUGAAGAUGGAGUUUUUUCUUCUGAGGUUUUCAGUGAGGAAGAAGAUCUGCAGGCCGCUGUACAUGAUGUCAGUGAUCCCACUGGAGAUGUGCUGGAACUGAGAUCGUCAUCUGAUAGUGACAAUGAGGAACAGGCUGUGGAUUUUCCAGUACUACAUCCAAUUUCAAGAAAACAAAGAACAUCUGAGACUGUGGCUUCUCAAAGUCCAGAGAGAUUACAUCAUCUUUAUUCAACCCCAACACACACCAGUCACAGUUCCAAACAAUUACAACCUAACGAUGGAUGUUCUGAAGGUUUUGAGGUUCUAGGAAUGGAUGAAACUGUGGAAUGGGACCCAGAAGAUCACACCAGCAGAGAAAGUGAUGACAACGUAGUUGUGAUCACACUGAAUUGUGACCAAGAGUAUGAAGCACAGAGUUCCCAGCACAGUGAAUUACUGCUGAAAGGCUUACAUUUCCAGCUGUCUGAUGACCUGUAUACCGUACAGAAGCAGUCCGCAGAGGAAUCAGUCCAAAAUGUACAGGACAAUGGACAACUUCCCGGACCACCUGAUUUGCCUUUAGAUUCAAGCAGCCAGCUCUCCCCAUCAUCUACAGCUGACAAUUUGGAAAAUUCAGGGAACUCACAAUGUAUAUCAGUUCGCAGAAUCAAGGUUGUUGAUGAUCUUUUGUCUGUCUUUAUGGAUAGCAAGAUAAUGAAUAUUAAUCUUAAAAUGGUCAUUGUAAAUGAAAAAGCUGUUGAUGAUGAUGGAGUCUCUAGAGAAAUUUACACAGCUUUCUGGGAACAGUUUCUAGACUACUGUGAAGGGGAAGAUGAACGGGUCCCCAGAUUGAGGCCAGAUUUCUGGGAUAGUGAGUGGCAGGCUGUGGGUAGGAUCUGGGUGAAAGGACUACUUGACCAUGGUGUGCUACCUGUGAGGCUGUGCAAGGCUUUCAUUUUAGCCUGCAUUCAUGGCAUUGACUAUGUUGAUGAAGACAUUUUAAUGUUGUCAUUCCUUAACUAUCUCCCUUUAGUUGAAAGAUCAGCUGUGGAAAGUGCCCUUCAGGGUACAAUGGAUGACAGUAAUGAAGAUGAUCUGAUGGAUUUGUUCACUAGAAUGGGGUCUCAUUCCCUCCCUCCAAAGAACAACUUUAAGGCAGCUAUUGAAACAAUGGCACAUAAAGCAAUCUUACAGGAGCCUAAAUACGUUAUUGACUGUUUCGCCAUACCCAUGGCACAGGUACAGCAAAAACUGUCAGACAAAACUAGUGUGCUCUGCCUGUAUGACUCUAAACAGCCAACAGGCAAACGAGUGGCACAACUGUUAGAAACCACAAAUGUAAUGCUGUCCCAACGAGAGCAGACAACAUUUAAUUAUCUGCAGCGUUAUAUUAAAAAUGCAGACCAAUCUAAAGCAGGCCAAAUCCUCAGAUUCUGCACUGGUGCUUCUGUCAUUUGUGUCAGCAAAAUAAUGGUGUGUUUUAAUGUUGAGACUGGGCUAAACAGGAGGCCUAUUGGUCACACAUGUGGAGCUACUCUGGAAGUGCCCUGUACUUACAGCUCAUACCCUGAGUUUCGCAGUGAGUUUGAUAACAUUCUGUCAAGUGACUACUUUGAAAUGGACAUCCUAUAAACUCUAAAGCCUUAUGGAUCUAUAUUGUGUGUGUGGCAUCAGUGUUAUUUUACUGUUAUAUUUAUUCUUUGUUCUGUUGCAUUCAACCUUGAUGUAAGAAGUCAAGACUUCCUUUUGUCUGUGUUGUAGUUCACACGGUUGACACUUUUGGCACUGUUCGAUGUCCCAUGAAAAAGACUCAUUAGAUCCAAGGCUGAGGAAGUGGUUCUCAAACUAUGGUUAUAGGAACAACUGUUUGUAUACGGGCCUCUGUUGGUACUCUGAAAUCUUUAGCUGCUCUUCUGGUUUAGAUUAAUGUCAAGCCAAUGUCAAGUUAUAUUACUGUUUUAUUCCUGCUUUCUGGGCAGGUUCUGGUUACAUCUUGGUUUUGACCUGGUUCAAUCCUGGGCUAGUUUAAGGUGGUGCUUUGAAAGCCAAAUAUGUUUUUAGAUGGUUCAUGGUUUGAAACAUCUGUCACAAAAUCUGAUACCUGUGUUUUUUUUUGUUUUUUUUACAAAUUUGUUGGAUUUAUUUACAAAUUCUGCGGUUUGUGUUAUU